GUCUGUUGGGGGCGCUCACACACUGGAGGCGAAACUGCAAUGGACACGCACGUUGACGGCCAUCGUUCUAUCUUCUGUGCGUUCACCUUAGCAUAAACAUCAACGAAUGAGUCCAGGUGGUCCUCAAACUCGGACUGUUUGCGGAUCAACUUUGACUCUUGGUGGGUCGCAAGGUAAGUUGCGCAGAUCUGACUUGGAUGAGCCGCGAGUCUCACCGGCCCCAGGUGAGCGUGAGCGUCGCUUUCUCCCUGACUCUGUGGCUCUGGCUGGAGUGGGCGCGUCCAGUUCGUCGACAACCCCCUCGCUUGCUCUGCGCAUGCGCCCGGUCGCGGGUUCGGCAGGUAGUGGAGAUCCUGGAGCGCAGCGCUGCCUCCUUCCUUCCACUGGCGCUACCUGAGUUAUGGACUGGACCCAGGGGAGUGGAGCACGAGCGUGAGGCGGUAGUUUGCGCGGUUCUUCCGGGUUCUGACCCACCUGCUGCCGGUUCGAUUCUCGGUUGCCUGGAGCGUUGGACAGUCAAGGUCCACCAUGCCGGAGUUUAUCAGCGUGGCGGACUUCGUGUCGGAGACCAACGAGGACUACCGCGCCCCGACCACCUCCAGCUUCACCACCCGGAUGGGCCACUGCCGGAACACCGUGUGCGCCCUGGAGGAGAUUCUGGACGUGGAUCGCUCGGUCCUCAGCAAGAUCAAGAAGGCGGUCAAGUCCAUCCACACGACGGGUCUGGCUCAUGUGGAGAGUGAGGAUCAGUACGUUCAGUCAAUGGAGCGGCUCGGAGACAACUGUGUGUGUCGGGACGACGCAGAGGUCGGAGCCGCCUUCCUAAAGUUCGCCGUCUUCACCAAAGAGCUGACGGCGCUUUUCAAGAACCUGAUGCAGAACAUGAACAACAUCAUCACCUUCCCUCUGGACACGCUGCUGAAGGGGGACCUGAAGGGAGUGAAAGGGGACUUGAAGAAGCCGUUCGAUAAGUCUUGGAAGGAUUACGAGGCCAAGCUAGCUAAGAUCGAGAAGGAGAAGCGCGAGCACGCCAAGCAGCACGGGAUGAUCCGCACCGAGUUCAGAGGCGGCGAGAUCGCAGAGGAGAUGGAGAAGGAGCGACGGAUGUUCCAGCUGCAGAUGUGUGAGUACCUGCUGAAGGUCAACGAGAUCAAGGUGAAGAAGGGUGUGGACCUGCUGCAGAACCUGGUCAAGUUCUUCCACGCGCAGAACAAUUUCUUCCAGGACGGACUGAAGGCCGCUGAGAGUCUCAGACCCUCGGUGGAGAAACUGGCUGCAGAUCUGAACACGAUCAAACAGGCGCAGGACGGCGAGAGGAAACAGCUGACUCAGCUCCGGGAUGUCCUGAAGGCGUCGCUGCAUGUGGACGGCAAAGAAGACGGCCCUGUGAGGUCCGGUGGCUACAGCCUGCACCAGCUGCAGGGCGACAAGGCGCACGGAACGGAGCGCUCUGGCCUGCUGUCCAAGAAGAGUGAGGGACUUAGGAAGGUUUGGCAGAAGAGGAAGUGCUCUGUGAAAAACGGCUUCCUGACCAUCAGCCACGGCACGUAUAUCAAUGACGAGGCAAACGACCAAUCAGGACAGAGCAAGAGGAGGAGGAGGAGGAGCUUAAGGAGGAGGAGGAGGAGGAGGACAGACAGAAGGGCCAACAGACCUCCAGCCAAACUCAACCUGCUGACCUGUCAGGUGAAGAGGAACCCUGAGGAGAAGAGAAGCUUUGACUUGUUCUCACACGACAGGACCUACCACUUCCAGGCCGAGGACGAGGCCGACUGUCAGAUCUGGAUCUCCGUCCUGCAGAACAGCAAAGACGAAGCGCUGAGCAAGGCCUUCCAGGGCGAGCAGGACGAGGGUGAGCACAACAUCGUGCAGGAGCUGACACGGGCCAUCGUGGACGAGGUCAAGAGGAUGAGCGGGAACCAGGAGUGCUGCGACUGUGGUGCCCCAGGUCCCACCUGGUUGUCCACCAACCUUGGGGUUCUGAUCUGCAUCGAGUGCUCGGGAAUCCACCGGGAGAUCGGAGUCCACUACUCACGGAUCCAGAGCCUGGACCUGGAUGUUCUGGGUACCUCAGAGCUGCUGCUGGCGAAGAACGUGGGGAACUUCUGCUUCAACCAGAUCAUGGAGGCAGACCUGCAGGGAGUCAGCAAGCCGGUACCAGGCAGCGACAUGGGCACCAGGAAGGACUUCAUCACAGCCAAGUACACUGAGAAACGCUUCGUGCGCCGUCUCUGCCCCGACGCCGAGUCCAGGCUGCAGGUUCUGUACCAGGCCGUCCGGACCAAGGACAUCCUGUCACUCAUCCAGGUCUAUGCGGAGGGAGCGGACCUGAUGGAGGCGGCCCCUCAGCCCAACGAGCAUGAGCCCGGUGAGACAGUCCUCCACCUCGCCGUCCGGAUGGUGGAUCGAAACUCUCUGCACAUUGUUGACUUCCUGGCUCAGAACAGUGUGGACCUGGACCGGCAGACGGCUAGAGGAAGCUCCGCCCUCCACUACUGCUGUCUGACCGACAACAGCGAGUGCCUGAAGCUGCUGCUGAGAGGACGAGCCUCCGUCUCCAUCGUGAACGAGGCAGGAGAGACUCCACUGGACAUUGCAAAGCGCCUGCGACACUCUGCGUGCGAAGAGCUGUUGACUCAGGCACAAACCGGGAAGUUCAACGUCCACGUGCACGUGGAGUACGAGUGGCGUCUGCAGAACUCCGACCUGGACGAGAGCGAGGAUGAGAUGGAGGACAAGCCCAUCCCUCAGCGGCGCGAGGAACGCCCAGUUAGCUGCUUCGUGCCGGGCAGCAGCCCAGCUCUGGGGGCUCUGGCCCGGGACAAGCAGCGGCCCCAGGUCCCCAGCAUGAUGGUCAGCAAUGAAACAUACGGCGCCUUUUUGGACCUGCACCUGCCCGCCGGACCGACCCCCCCGCUCCCACCCCGGGACCCUGGCAGGGGAUCAGGAACAAACAAGCCAGUUGCCAUGGAGACAGUUGGAAGACAGCGCUCGUCCUCGGACCCCCCGAACCCACACACACCUGAGAGGAAUAUGUCCAUGUAUGUGCUACCAGCCGCUCCUCCUCCUCCCCCCCCUCCUCCGCUCAGCAAGCGCUCCAGCAUGUUGGACAUCAAGACCAUGUCUGCCCGAAACUGUCCUCUGCCUCCACUGCCCUCAGCACCCUCUAGUGUCCCUGCUCCUCCAGCGGUUCCCCCUCCUCCGCCUCCACACAUGGCCCCGCCACGCCCGCCUCCGGUCCCCACCCACCAGAGCAUCUGCAGGUCAGAGUUCAAUCCUCCACUCAGACCUUCUGUGAGGACCAGAUCUGUGAACCAAGGUCCUCAGUCCAGGUCUCCUACCAGCACCUCGAGUCCGCCCACACCAAAACCACGAACCGCCGUCAGCAUGCAGAAGCCCAAGCGGGUCAGAACCAUCUACAAGUGUUCUGCUGACCAUCCGGAUGAGCUGACCUUCGAGGAGGGGGAGGUCAUCGUGGUGGAGGGGGAGGAGGACAGCGAGUGGUGGAUAGGACACAUUGAGGGGAACCCCAGCCGACGAGGCGUGUUCCCCGUGACCUUCGUCCACUUCAUCACUGACUGAUGCCUCUCUGCCGCCACCUGCUGGAGGUCACGGGCACCAAGCCCCACCGUUUCCAGGGUUACCUCUGUGGUCAGCUGAAAUAAAGCUGUAGUUUCAUUCCUGAUGUGUGAGGCUUGGUUUUAUCAACAUGGACUCGGGUCGUCGACAGGGUCAGAGUAUGAAACACACGCGAGUCAAGCGUGUCACUGCCCUAUUUGCUUCUUCAUCCCGGUUUGCUUCCAGGGCUCAGUUUUAUGACGUCAUUUCCUGUCCGCAUGCGCACAUUGGAAUUUCAAGACGUAAAUUCCUGUCCACAUGCGCACAUGGGUGCAGCUGCUUGACACAUAAAUUAGAAUAAAAUUAGCAACGUCAUUGCGCCACGCCUCACUACACACUCGUAUUUCAUCAAGAGAAGCAGAAUUUGAAUUACUAAAGUACUACGCCGACGCAUUAACUGUAUUUUAACCUUAUUUUAAAUAUAUCACAUUUGACCUGUAUUCAACAAUUCGGAUAUUUUAACAAGAUUUCAGAUAAAAUAAUUGAUCUUUCUGUGCAAUUUGCACGCAGUUUUCUAUCUUGCCUACGAUGUUUUGUAUAUAAAAUAAGUUUAGUCAUUUAUAAAUAAUGUUGGUGUGUUUUCAUGUUUUGUUAAUAAAAUGUAAUCCUCAGAAAAGUUGUGAUUCAAUGAAAAAGACGUUUGUCCUGUUGUUUAUUUGGUUGCAAUAAACCAAAUUAACCACUGAGACCUCGUAGGCAAGAUAGAAAACGGCGUGCAAAUUGCACAGAAAGAUCCAAUUAUUUUAUCUGAAAUCUGUGACAAUCAGUGAUGUUUGUAAAAUGACCACUAGGUGUCGAUAGAGAAAAAGAAAUAAACAAGAAGAAGGACUAACAGGCUAUAAGAUGAACAAAUAAACAAGGUGACCAUCACAAAAGUUUCCUUUGGACGAUUCAUCAAACAAAACAAAAUCUUGUUAAAAUAUCCGAAUUGUUGA